AACGAAACCAAAAAAACAAAGAAAAAUCUCUCUUCAAAGCUUCCGCCAUGGUUCUCCAAUCACUAAAUCUCUGCACGAUACUACUCUUCCUAGCGAUUGCAUCACAAGUUUCUCAAUCUCUCCACUUCGAAUUGCAUUCGGGUCGAACAAAAUGUAUAUCAGAAGACAUCAAAAGCAAUUCAAUGACCGUCGGGAAAUACACCGUCGUUAACCCUAACGAAGCUCACCCUUCUCCUCCAUCUCACAAGAUCUCUAUCAGAGUGACAUCGAGUUACGGGAACACGUAUCAUCACGCGGAAGAUGUUGAAUCGGGACAAUUCGCGUUCACGACGGUGGAGGCUGGGGAUUAUAUGGCAUGUUUCACUGCUGUUGAUCAUAAACCUGAGGUUACAUUGAGUAUUGAUUUCGAUUGGAGAACUGGUGUUCAAUCUAAGAGUUGGAGUAGUGUAGCUAAGAAGAGCCAAGUCGAAGUUAUGGAGUUUGAUGUAAAAAGACUGAUUGAAACCGUCAACUCGAUUCAUGAAGAGAUGUUUUAUCUCAGAGAAAGGGAAGAAGAGAUGCAAAAUCUGAACCGGGCUACAAACUCGAAAAUGGCGUGGUUGGGUUUCCUCUCUCUUUUCGUAUGCUUAGGAGUCGCGGGAAUGCAGUUUGUGCAUUUGAAGACGUUUUUUGAGAAGAAGAAAGUCAUCUAAGAUGGUUAGAUGAAACAAUCCCACUCUUUUCUUUUCCCAACUCACGGAAUCUUCUAUUCCCCCUGAGUUUUGUACAUUUAGAUCUUUGCCUUUGAAUAUGUAAUCUCGGAACUGGAAAUUAAAUGAAUCUGAAAGUAUUGC